AUGAUUGAACUUGAGAGGUUGUUUUCAUUCCAGAUCUUUUUCAUAUUUCUGCGAGAAUCGCUGGAAAUCAUUGUAAUUGUGUCCAUCUUGCUGACAGUGAUCAAACAAGCUUUACUGUCGAAUGAUGAAUCCACCGGCAGUGCUCGUCCUGGAGGCAGCGCGGAUGAUGUCGACGAAAGUGCGAGAUUGACUAUAGAAGAAGAGGAAAUGCUGGAUGGUUGUAACUCAGAAAUGUCGGGCCCCAGUGUGGAAAUUAACAAUCAGCAACUAUACAAAAAACUGAAGAUCCAAAUUCUGUCAGGUGGAGGCUUGGGCCUUCUGUGCUGCUUUUUGAUCGGUGGGGCGUUUAUUGUCGCAUUUUAUAUCAUUGGAACAGAUUUGUGGUCCGCAAGUGAACACUAUUACGAGGGAGUGUUGAGUACCAUUGCAUCGGUGAUCAUUUCGGUGAUGGGCCUUUUUUUCCUACGAAUGGGCAAACUGAGAGAAAAAUUCAGAGUCAAGCUUGCCACAAUCAUCUAUUCUGAUCGUGCCAAACUUUUGCAAGACAAUGGUCAAAAAGCGGUCAAGUUCACAGAAAAAUACGCCCUGUUCAUUUUGCCUUUUGUAACUGCACUUAGGGAGGGACUGGAAGCCGUAGUUUUUGUCGGGGGAGUCGGAAUAGAUCAGCCACUAUCGUCCAUCCCGCUGUCCAUGUUGUCAGCGGUAUUUUUCAGCUCCAUUUUCGGAUACUUUUUUUUCAAAUCCUCGAAGUCCUUCUCGUUGCAAAUCAGUUUGGUUGUAACAACGUGUUUUCUGUACUUGAUCGCUGCAGGGCUAUUUUCGAAAGGUGUUUGGCAAUUUGAAGUUCAACGCUACGUCAAUUUGUGUAACGGACAAGACAUGAGUGAAGUCGGCAGUGGACCAGGAUCUUACGAUAUCAGCCGCUCUAUAUGGCAUGUCAACUGCUGCAACGGGGAAACUGAUGGCUUUUGGAUGCUUUUUACGGCAAUUUUUGGCUGGACCAACAGUGCAACUUUCAGUUCGGUGAUAGCCUACAACGCAUACUGGCUCGUAAUCAUCGGUGCCAUCAAGACUUUACUAAUCGAGGAAAAAAUGGGCUACAUUCCAUUUUUACCUCUAAAGGUACAGCGACGCCGUAUUGAGAAAAGAUUGGAGGCAUCGAAAAAGGCAAUGGAGCUUCAGCAUAUUUCACAGGCCGCCUCCGCGUCACCAAUCAUUUCGAGCUCUCUCCAAGGAAGAAGGUCCAAAGAUAGUCAAACAAGCUCUACACCACUUAUUCAGGAUUCUAUAGGUAAUGCUAUAGGCAAAGUAUCUUCGCCUUAG